UCGCUAGGGAAGCGCUAUCCACAGUGGAGCCACAGCACUCCAGAAUACACCAGUUCCUUGCUCAUCGUUCCAUCAUGCGGCCCAACGUCCAGCAGAAGCCAGCGGUGGGGGUCCUCCUGCUGUGGACUCUCUCGUACCUCGCUCAGAGCUCCGGCCAAGAGCUCUGCAACCCGUUCCCCUUCAACCAGUCACUCACGCUCACGCCAGAAGCAGCGGCGUCUAGCAUUGGAAUUAGCUCGUUCGAGGACUUGCAGGCGAUGCAGGAAAAACUCUCCGCUUGCUGCUGGACGGCCCCCAACAGCUGCCAAGUGGCCGGCGGAUUCUGCAUUCCGGCCUGGCUCGGACGCUUCUGCCCUCAAACCAACGACGCUCUCUGCGGCCGGUGCGGGUGCACAUGCUGCAUGAAAACGUCAACGCCUGCUCCUUGUACUGGCACGUGUGGGUCAUCAUUAAGGAGAGGAGUUUGCCGUUCCUCCUGCAAUCUUCUUGAGGAGAGCAUCCCAGGGAAGUGCUCGGGUGACAACUGCAAGUGCUGUGCAAGGAGGAUUAUCUCAAGAUGUAAUGGCUUCUGCUCGAGACCCAACUAUCGAUGCAUGCCUGAGAGAGAAUGCUUCAUGAGGAAAAUGGAUCCAGAUGUAGGUGACCUCAUACCCAUUGACAACUGUGGAUCGCCUGGCUGCGCUUGCUGUCCGAUCUUUGAUUUACUAGCGUGGAUAAAUGGAUAGGUGGAUGGACAGAUACCGUGUUGACGAAAAUGAACCUUGGGACCUCGGUUAUGUUUUUUUCUUCCACUUGGGUUUACAUAUAGUGUAGAAAAAAUGGGGGUAGGAGUCUCUAUAUGAUUACUAUUUCUCUCUAACUCUCAUUUUCCCUGUGCUCUCUCUCUCUCUCUCUCUCUCUCUCUCUCUCUCUCUCUCUCUCUCUCUCUCUCUCUCUCU